CUGCUUCAUAAAGCUGGAAAAUUAUAAUGAGGAGAGAGAGAAGAAUUUGCUUUAAACAGAGAGAAGACUAGCUAAGGCCAGUGGAUGUUUCAGUCCAAGUUGUUUUCUGGGUAUUCUUAUAUAAUUAGUACUGAACACAGAAGUUUCAUUUUAUUACAGUGAUAUUCCUCCAUUAGAAGAGAUUGAAGCUCUGGGUGAUUAAUGGUAAAUGGCUUUUACAGUGGAGAGAUGUGAUGAAGAGAUGGUUUUCUGUGUAGAGUCACAGAAGGCAGUUCCUGCACCUUUCUUAACUAAGACAUAUCAGCUUGUUGAUGAUCCUCUCACUGAUCAUAUAGUCUCUUGGGGGGAUGAUCAAACUUCCUUUAUUGUGUGGAGACCUCCUGAGUUUGCUAGAGAUCUUCUUCCUAACUACUUUAAGCACAACAACUUCUCAAGCUUUGUUAGGCAGCUCAACACCUAUGGGUUUAAAAAAGUAGUAGCAGAUAGAUGGGAGUUUGCAAAUGAGUACUUUAGAAAAGGAGCAAAGAAUUUGUUAUCUGAGAUCCACAGGAGAAAAACACCACUGAACCAGCAGCCACCAGUGAUACUUCCUCAUCAAAUUCUCCAACAAGAAGAAACUUUUGGCUGGAUUGAUCCUCCAAUAUUUCCAUUAUCUCCAAAACCCACAACAGAUCUCCUAACAGCUCUCUCUGAAGAUAAUCAGAGACUUAGAAGGAAAAACUACAUGCUUUUAUCAGAACUCUCUCACAUGAAGAGCUUAUACAAUGACAUCAUCUACUUCAUCCAGAGCCAUGUAAAGCCUCCACAAGCACUCCCUCAUGAGCAAAAGGGUUACAGUUCUUCAACAUUUCCUAAGAUUGUAGAAUUGGGUCCUUCAUGUCAAGAUCAAUUAAGCCCUAGAGAUUUUGGUUUGGGUAAGUCUUCAGUGAGUUUAAGUGAAGAAGCAAAUGGAUCAGUGAAGCUUUUUGGAGUUGCUCUUAGUGGGAAGAAGAGGCUACACACAGAAGUGAUUGAUCAACAAGCAUUGUACUAGUGCAUGGUGGGAUCUUCUUUUGAUUAAUAUUUAGCUUUUUUGAGAAAAUCAGUUUGGCUCCAAGUUGUUUUGGGCAAGAUUUUAUCUCACAGGAUGAGCUUUGUAGAUAAGUGGCUCAUGUUCUUUUGGAGUCGGUAAAAAAAAAUGUUGGAUCUCUCCAUUGAUAAUCUAGCUAGAUUUUUC